UUUCCCUCUCUCUCUCUCUCUCUCUCUCUCAUAAUAUUAUAUUGCACACACACAAACAUUUGCUCUCUCUCACACACACGACACGCUCUAUAAAUUCUGUCACUGAGCACUCUACCUGUCCGCAGCUCCAAAUGACUCUCAAACCCGAAUCCCAAUGCCAAACCCGUUCACGAGCUCGAACCCGGAUCCGUUCUUGUCGCCUCUCCCCGUGUUGCCGCCACCCCGAUGACCCGGUCACCGGCAUCUGCGCUUCUUGCCUUCGUGAACGACUAUCCGACCUGGAUUCAUCUGCCGCCGCCAUUGCUGCCUCCUUCUCGCCGGAGCUCCGUCGCUGCAGGUCAAUGUCCACUUCCAAAUGCGAAGCUUCCUGUAGCAGCUUCAACGAGCAGCGGCGCAAGUCAUACGACGUUAGGUCGGAUCGGAGCUCCCUGGCUCAUCUGUUCGGUGAUGAUGACGAAAAGAAUGGAUCCAAUAGCUGCUCCAAAGUUGAAUCGAAGAAUUUGGGGCUUUCGAGAGUUACUUAUACCGUGAUCGAGGCAAGUGAAGAGAAGAGUAGUAGUGAGGAAAUUAGGGUUUCGCGUAAUACGUUGGUGGCAGCAGUCGAUAUGAAUGCUGUUGACGAUGAUGAGGAGGGAGAAUUCAAGACAAUGAAAGAAUACAUAGAUCUUGAAUUUCAGAAUAAGAAUAAUAAAUCUAAGGAUUUGAGAGGCAUUGCUGGAAGUUUAUUGGGUGCAGCUUCUGUUUUUACAAAGAAAUUGCAGAAAUGGAGACAAAAGAAUAAGAUGAAGAAGGGUAAUAAUAAUAGUAACUGUGAAACAGCCAUUAGCCAUGGUUGUAAUGAUGUGUUUUCGAACGGGGAAAAGUCGAGGGAAACUCAAUCCGAGAUUGGGGGAAGAAGAUCUUGUGACACGGAGCCAAGAUUUUCGAUUGAUGCUGGUAGGAUUUCAUUUGAUGAGCCUCGGGCUUCAUGGGAUGGCUACAUGAUUGCAAGGACCAUUCCAAGGCUUGCUCCAAUGUUUUCUGUUGUAGAGAAUGGGGUCUUGGGUAAUGGAAACAGAUUUGAGAAUCACAGGUUGUCGGUUGAUGGCCCAAUGCAUUCUAUAAUGGAGGAUGAGACUAGCUCUGGUGGAUCAGGUAACUAUAAUUCAGAUUCUUCUUCCAUGAUGCGAAGUAGAAGUAGUUUUGAUCGUUCGAGCUCUGUCAGGAGUUUUGGAAAGAAAACAAUGUGUUCAGAGGAUCAUGGAGUAUCUCCUGCGAACUUGAAGUUGGUAAUCACGGAGAGGGAAUUGAAAGAUUGGCACAUGAAUUCCAAUAGAAACGAUGCAUUGGCGAAGGUUGGAUCCAUUUCCAAAAGAACUGCUGCUAUUGAAAAUGUUGGUAACUGGAAUGUGCCAAAGAAGUCUUUCAGAUGGCUCAAAGUACGCAAUGUCUUUAGUUUCAAAACCAAGAACUGCGAAGAUAAAUCUGAAACUUUCUUUGGAAAUGUAAUUGAUAGCUCAAUUGAUGACCCCAAGCAAGGGAAGGAGGCUGGUGGAGAAGCAAAAGAAGUGUCAGGUUGGAAGCUUACUCGCAGUAGUAGCGUUGUUGGUUCGAGGAAUUCAUGUGAAAUCCCGGGAUCAAGUUAUGGUCGGAGGAGUGUUGAUAACAUUGGUGUACGCCCUUACAAGGGCAGGGAAGAGUUUAUGCUGGAGAGAAACUCUAGUGCCAAAUAUUCAUCAAUGGAUCUUGACAAUGGCAUAGUGCCAUUCUAUAUGACACCAUUGAGGAGCAUAAAGGGUGGAAAAUGCAACCUGGAGAACUCAAAUUCAUUCACUGGGAAUGUUAUGCAGUUGAAUUGAACUAAAGGACAUCUUCAGAGUUCCAAGAAUUUGACUUGUGGGAAGAGCGGGAAUGUGAGAGCAGAUAUAUAUGGUGUUAAUACUACUUAAUGCAUUCUCAUUAUAUAAUUGCAUACAGGAUGUCACUGAAAUCUGGGAGGUUCGCUAUCCUGAGUGUGAAGAGCAAGAAUGUGAAAGAUGAUGUUUUGGGUGUUCAUAGUUCCUAUGCAUAAUUCUCCAAUAUUGCAUUUUCUGUUUUUUCUUUUCUUUUCUUUGUAAUCAGCAGGCAAAAAUUAAAUUUCAACCCUUGCAUAGAUUCACAACCUUGUACAAAAUAGGGAAAGGCUCUUCCCUGUAUGCAGAACGGAUACCUUCUUUUAUUGAGGAUUGAGCAUGUAUUGAAAACUGUGUUGUAGAAUACUUAUGCCACAGUUACUUUCAGAUUGCUGCAAUGUUAUGGAAAUACUUCCC